UCCAGGUGGUUUCCAGUCAUAUCUGUUAUGCCAGUUGCUUAUUCAUUUAUUGGACGGGCUAAUUUUUGUUUUAUAUUUUACUUAAUUUUAGUGCGUUUUAAGUGUUGGCCAUUAAUUUUUGUUCUUAUUAUCAAUUAGAAUAUUUGUGAUAUAAGUUCAGACGUGUAAAAAAAUAUGGCUGAUUGUGCAAAUUCUGAUGAGAGACGAAAACUCACUUAUAAUUUUUCCAUUGUUGCAAGAAACGAUGAUUUAGAUUCAGGGGACAACAGCAUUGAAAAUAUUCGUGCAAAUCAAUAUAGAAAUGGAUCAACACUGGAGCUUCGGAGGUCCCAACGAAUAAAAGACAACAAAGGAAAUGCAUUAACAGGAAAGCUUCGGCGGUCCCACCGAAUAAAAAACACCGAAGAAAAAGAACCCAUCCAUCUAAAUAGAUUACUGUACAUUCAGACAAUAAUUGGCAGAGCCGUCGGGAAAUCGCCAGAGGAACUGAAAGAACCUCAGCGUCCAUUUAAAAGGAGGGCACAUAUCAGUUUGGAUGGAGCAUCAACGGAAAAAGUUGCAGGAUCUACUGAAGGAUCAAACGAAAAAGAAACCAAAGAAAAUAUUUCUCUCAACGCACAGACGAAAAGUUUAAAUUUUAAUGAGAGUUCUGUUUGCCAGGAGUUUUCAGGGUUUGUUUUAAGACAUUUUUUAGGACUGAAGAAACAUUCUUUUGGUUUAUUAUUCUAAUACUAAAUUCUCUUGUAAUUUUGUUGGCUAUCUCUAGCCUUUGAUUUUUUUUUUAUGUUCAAGUAAAACUUUAUGUUAUAUUUUAUAGUUACUAAGAGGAUGUUAUAUAGUUGGUUAUAUUCUUAAGAAAACACCUUCAGUAAUUGUUCCACAAGUCGGUAAAGGAUGUGUUUCUUUCGUUUUUUUUUUUUGUUUAUACCUAUAUUUUAUGUACCUAUACUAGGUAAUGUUACCUAUACUAUGUUUUAAAUAAAAUUUCUUUAUAU